UGAUAAAGAGUUAUGUCGUACAAGUACUCAAAGAUACUCAUGAACUGAACAUUCUAGAAUCUGAACACUGAAGCUCUUUCUCCGAGUGAAAAAGAUGGUUGAGGUGCUGCAUCACUUAAACAAUAUGUCAAGAUUAUUUUUACCCCACGUUUUUUGGUAUUGAACAUAAUUUACAUAUAAAUCGAUUGCUAUGUGUGAUUGGUUGCCUUCAGUUAGCAUGUGAUCUUCUGAAAAUAUUCUUUCAUCAUUCUUCAAGUUCAGGCCCAAGUGCCAUAAGGCCGUGGUAUUGAGCGCCACGACAGUGCCUAGAACACCUAGUCCGGUUCGCCUAUUCUUUUUUCUAUUGUCUCAGAGAAUUGUAUAUGGUCUAUCCUGCGGGCACUUGUGCAUUUUUUCUUAUUUUGCUAAAUUGUGCAUUUGUUGUUGUGCUGAUUAAUCCAAAUAGUCACACACAGAAACAUCAACACUCGUUCAAGAUUCAUGAAUUGAUGCAAAGCAAAGAACUCUGAGUAUAAACUGAAUGCAAACUUUGCAUAACACUGGAAUACACAUGUUUUACUGAUGCAUCACCACACUGGAAACACAUGUUUAACUGAUACAUCAAUGUGAACAUCACUUAAGUUCUGACGCUGACUAUGAUUAUAUCACAUCAAUCAUAGUGUGUGAUUGGUUGUACAAGUAAAAGUUUAUAUUAUCUUCAUUCUGCGAGUAGCAUGUGGUCCUUUAAUUGCAUUCUGUAUUUAAGAAAGAUUCCAUCACUCUGUUCCUAUCAACGAUCAGGUCAACUACAUCAAAUGGACGUAUAGACCGUCUUGGGAAGAACCGUAGAAGCAUGCGCUUCUCGUUUCCAAUAUUAUAAUUUAUUUUCAUUCUUAUUUUACUAAAAUUUAAUUAUGUACUGCAGGAGUGUAUAUACAUGUUGCAUGUUCAAAUGUUAUGUUGUAUACAUGUUCCAUGUCCAAAUGUACGUUUUACAGAACAAAAAUAUAUUCAGAUUUUAACUGGUGUUAAAACUUUGAAGGCUUUAGAAAAUUAGAAAGCUUUUAAGUUUUUUUUUUACUUUUAAAAAAAUUUAUUAAUUAGAUAAAUUUAGAUAAAUGUAUUAGUUGCUUUUUAAAAACUUUAAUCAUUCUAAAAUGGCUAAAAUUAAAUUAAAUUUUCUCUUUUCUCUUUUCUAUUGUUUUCUGAUAUCUAAGCAGACAUGGUUUUAAGAACAAAAGUAGUACAUUUUCUUUUCCUUUUUUUCUCUAAAAUAUUUGGUUCCCUAAUAAUUAAUACAUUUAUCUAAAUUUAUAUCAAUUUUAUUAUAAAUCUUGUUUGAUAUAUUAAUAUAUCUUAGAUCUAUAUUGCACUAUCUUAAUCUAUAUAUAUAUAUAUUCAUGUUCUUAUUAUUAAUCGAAUUUAUAUAUUUAAAUUAUAUUUAUAAAAUAAUAAACCAUAUUUUAAUUACAAAAGAAACUUUUAUAAAUACUUUGUUUUGGUAGAAAAACAACUUCUAUAGCCAAAUCUCUACAUCGUAAAGCUAAAGUAAAGUCAUUUAGCCAACCAGACCUUAUAUCAUGAUUAACCUGACUGAGGUUCUUAACUGAAAUGGUUUUUUACUUUUAACUAAGAAAAAUUAAGAACGUCUAUUAAAUAAGAGGUAUAAAAGACGUUUUUUAACCGAAAAAUGUAAAAAAAAAUGUCAAAUCAUGAGUUAAGAAUCUCUAAUAAAAGGACCGGGUUAAUCUUGCUUUUAUCUUCUUAUCAUUCCUUGUUGGAGCAGUUACUGACUUUUCUUACAACUAAUCGAGAUCUUAAUCUUCACUAACCAAAUAAAAAAAUUGCAUGAGGCUUUGAUUGGUAACAUGUAUUAGAGUUGAUUUAGUUUGAGUUAUGCACAAAAAUCAAAAAUGUCACCAAUCAUGAAUUAGUUUUGAGUUUUUGAUGUUAGGUUUGAGUUAUAAUGUAUUAUUGUUGAGUUACUAGUUUGAGUUAUGUCCUUUGUAAAAAACAUAAAUCAAAUCUUAAAUCAACAUCAACAAAAUUCUCAUGUAUUAAGACUUGUGUUAAAUAAAUUUUGGUUUUCUAUUAACUAUCCCACAUUCUUUUUUAUUUUUCCACGUCCUUUUUUUUUUAUUUUUUAACAAAUUAAAAAAAAAUAGUACAUGAUCAUAUUGUACGUUUACUUGUUGCUAAGUAAUACAAUAUUUUAAUACAUAACCUACUUGUUAGUGAAAGACUUUCUAAUUAUUUUCAGUUUUGUUAGUUUUUUUAAACUCUAGUUAGUUAAUCCAAAUUGUUUUUAUAUUUAAUUGUUAAUUUUGUUUGAUGAUUAAAAUGUUAUAUCCUAUGAUUUUAUUUGUUAAUUUUAAUUAUUAAUUUGUUUCUUAAUAUAUAUGUUCUUAAUUUUUAAAUUAUAUUUAGUUUUUCUAAUUAUUUUAUUAAAUAUAUAAUAGGUGUUAUUAUUUCUGAUAUUUAGAUUUUCUUUAAAAAAUUAUACAUACUGCAACUUAUACAUCAAAAAUGUUACCAGUCAAUUGUUUUUAAAAUGUAUUAACUCAAAUUUAUACUGCAAACUCACUACAUAAAUCUAUAAUUUAUACCACAUAAUUUUUACUGCAAGUUACAUCGAACUAUAACGUUUUUGGUAACUCAAAGCUAAUACUACAUGUCACCAAUAGUCUAUCUUUAGUUGUGGUCACUCCUUGUCUUAAACUAAUCUUCUUAAACUACAAUAAACCACAGUUAAAUUCAUUCUGAUAUUAUUCCUCGUCGGAGCAGUUACUGACUUUUCUUACAGUUACCAAAUCCAGGCGACUAUGAGUUACAAACGUAACUUUAUUUUUGUCUGAAGCUUGGCUCUAUCUCUAUAAAUAGCUCUAUCUAUCUUUUGUUGUGGACACUCAAGAAUAUCAAGAAAAUAAAUGGAGGAGUUGAAGCCAAGUGCUGCAAACUCACCACCGUUGACGCCCUUAGGCUUCCUCGAAAGAGCAGCCACCGUGUAUGGAGACUGUACCUCCAUCAUUUACGGCAACUCCACCGUGUACACAUGGCGGGAGACCAAUCUCCGUUGCCUCCGCGUCGCCUCCUCUCUGUCUUCAAUCGGUAUCAAAAGAUCCGACGUCGUAUCCGUCCUCUCCGCUAACACUCCGGCCAUGUACGAGCUCCAGUUCGCCGUUCCGAUGAGCGGCGCAAUCCUCAACAACAUCAACACUCGCCUCGACGCUACCACCGUCUCUGUUCUCCUCCGCCACUGCGAAUCUAAGCUUCUCUUCGUCGACGUCUUUUACUCCGACCUCGCCGUCGAAGCGAUCAAGAAACUUGACAAGCCGCCGAUUCUCGUCCUCAUCGAGGAGGACGAGGAGGGGGGAGAUGGUGCUGACGUGGCGGACCGUUCGAAAUUCUGUUACUCCUACAGUGUUUUAGUGGAGAGAGGAGAUCCGGAUUUUAACUGGAUCCGACCCGAGAGCGAGUGGGAUCCGAUUGUGGUCAACUACACCUCCGGUACGACUUCGUCUCCCAAAGGAGUGGUUCACUGUCACAGGGGUAUUUUCGUCAUGUCGUUGGAUUCAUUAAUCGACUGGACCGUACCGAAGAAUCCGGUUUACUUGUGGACCCUACCGAUAUUCCACGCUAACGGUUGGUGUUACCCAUGGGCUAUCGCCGCCGUUGGAGGAACUAACGUCUGUUUACGUAAGUUCCAAGCGCCGUUAAUCCACCGUUUGAUCCGUGAUCACGGCGUUACUCACAUGUGCGGCGCGCCCGUUGUGCUUAACAUGUUAACGGCGACUCAUGAGGAACCUCUUAAAAGUCCGGUUCAUUUCUUAACCGCCGGUUCUUCACCGCCGGUCACGGUGCUCCUCCGCGCGGAGUCUCUCGGUUUCGUUAUCAGCCACGGGUACGGUUUAACGGAAACAGCCGGCGUGGUGGUCUCCUGCGCGUGGAAGCCACAGUGGAACCGUUUGCCGGCGAGUGAUCAGGCGAGGCUGAAAGGCCGGCAAGGAGUGGGAACCGUCGGGUUUACUGAAAUAGACGUGGUGGAUCCGGCUUCGGGUCGGAGCGUGGAGAGAGAUGGUGCAACGAUGGGGGAGAUAGUGAUGAGAGGGAGUUCGGUCAUGCUCGGUUACUUAAAAGAUCCUGUCGGAACGAGGAAGACUCUGAAGAACGGGUGGUUCUUCACCGGAGACGUCGGAGUGUUGCACGGAGAUGGGUAUCUAGAGAUUAAAGAUAGGUCGAAAGAUGUAAUCAUAACGGGUGGAGAGAAUGUGAGUAGUGUGGAGGUGGAGGCGGUGUUGUACACGCACUCGGCGGUGAAUGAAGCGGCUGUGGUGGCUAGACCGGAUGAGCAAUGGGGAGAGACGCCGUGUGCUUUCGUUAGUUUAAAACCUGGGUUGACCCGGAAACCCACGGAGAAGGAGAUGAUAGAGUAUUGUAGGGAGAAGAUGCCACGUUACAUGGUGCCUAAAACGGUUGUGUUUCUUGAUGAGUUGCCUAAGACAUCUACAGGGAAGAUUCCUAAGUUCGUGCUUAAGGAGAUGGCUAAUAAAAUGGGUUCCACGAGGUUAAGUCGGUUGUAAAGAAAAGUAUACUAUAGUUUGAUUUAAUAACAAGUUAUGGAUUGAAGUGUAAGAUAGAUGGCUUAGACUGGUGCAUGAGUGGGUUGCUCUUGGAAGUGUUUGGUUCAGUUUUGUUUCUUUGGUUCCGGUUCUGUCAUCUUCAAGUUAUAUGAUUGUGAAAGCAUUUACGGGUUGAAUUUGAUUUCAAGAUUACCCUUUCUCCUUAAUAAAGUUCAGUUCAUGUG